UUUAUAGAUCGCUUGUAGAGCCACGUACAAACCCAGCCAACAGUUUGUUGACAGCCGUGUGUCACGGGGUUGUGACGGGACACUUUUGGUCAACUUCCAGCUCUCGGUUGACAAAAGUAAACACUUGGAAGGUACACGCAACAAUAAAGGCGCAUGGAGAACAUCUACCAAUCUGACGUCUGACAGACGGACUGAACUGUUAAGGAAUUCAACAAUUGAUAAAUAUCAGUAGAGGAUGGCAAUCACUAAGGAUGCCAACGAGAGCACCCCUCUUAUAGACUCUGGUACUGGCAAUGUGAGAGCGUCACCCCCAUCUGUUUUCCGGGGAAGAAGACUAGCAUGUGCCGCUGUCUUGCUGGCUGAAUCCUUGGAAAGGAUUGCAUUCUAUGGCAUCACAUCCAAUCUUGUUCUCUUUUUAAAUAGCAGCCCAUUUUUUUGGGAGGGCACCCAAGCCAGCCAGGCUCCUCUGAUGUUCAUGGGGGUGACUUACCUGAUAUCCCCAUUUGGAGGCUGGUUGGCGGAUGCAUAUCUUGGGAAGUUUUGGACCAUUGCCUCAAGUCUGAUUCUAUACUUUAUCGGUAUUCUAUUUUUCCCAUUCAUUUCAAAUGAUGACACCCGGAUAAAUAUAUGCGGAGAAGAGGCAGCGUUUCCUGUGCAGCCUGCUGAAUGUCUGAGCACAAACAGUACUCCUCCAAGCAACAUCACUUGCCCUAUCCGUGCAGCUUAUUGUGGCCCUGUAGUCUACAGUGGACUUUUUUUAAUUGCACUGGGUGUGGGGACUGUCAAGUCAAACAUCACUCCAUUUGGGGCAGACCAGGUCAAAGAUAGAGGACCAGAGGCCACGCGCAGAUUCUUCAACUGGUUCUACUGGUGCAUCAAUUUGGGAGCCAUUCUGUCACUGGGAGGUGUGGCCUACAUCCAGCAGAAUGUCAGCUUUGAGCUUGGCUACAUCAUUCCCACUGUGUGUCUUGGGAUUUCCUUUCUUGUUUUCCUCCUGGGUCGCACCGUCUUCAUCACCAAGCCGGCUGAUGGCAGUGCGUUCACGGAUAUGUUCAAGAUACUCAGCUUUGCAUGUUGCUCUUCAAAGCCUAUGGAGCCUGACUUAGUUCGAAACAAUAAACCAACGCUAUUGGAUGGUGCCAAAGUGACCUACGGAGGAAAAUUUGCCGAAGAAAAAGUGGAGGAAGUGAAAUCGCUGGUGAAAGUCCUACCUGUUUUUUUAGCCCUUAUUCCAUACUGGAUGGUGUAUUUUCAGAUGCAGACAACAUACAUUUUGCAAGGGCUCCAUUUGAAAAUUCCAGAUGCUGCCUUGAACAGCACUACUGACUCCAAGAUGACGUUCCACUUCCCUGCAGCCUGGCUCACCAUGUUUGAUGCCGUGCUCAUCCUCUUGCUGAUUCCUCUUAAGGACAAAGUGGUAGACCCUAUUCUGAAGCGGCGUGGCCUGUUGCCCUCUUCUCUGAAGAGAAUUGCAGUGGGGAUGUUCUUUGUCAUGUGGUCGGCCGUGGCAGCGGGUAUUUUGGAAACCAAACGCCUGGAGAUCAUUCGAACAAAUGGUCCAAUUGACCAGGUGCUUGGAAACGUUAUCUACUAUGCCGCAGAUUUACCCAUUUGGUGGCAAGUGCCUCAGUACGUGCUGAUAGGAAUCAGCGAAAUAUUUGCCAGCAUUGCAGGACUGGAGUUUGCUUACUCUGCUGCCCCCAAAUCGAUGCAGAGCGCUAUCAUGGGGCUCUUCUUCUUUUUCUCUGGGAUUGGUUCCUUCGUUGGUUCUGGUUUGUUGGCUAUUGUGUCCCUCAAGGCAAUUGGCUGGAUGUCAUCUCACAAAGAUUUUGGAAACAUCAACGACUGCUCGCUCCACUACUACUUCUUCCUCCUGGCGGGGAUUCAGGGCGUCACCCUCCUCAUCUUCCUUAUCGUCUCUGUCAAGUAUGACAAGCAGAGGAGCAGGGCAGGAAGCCAAAGGCAAAGACACAUGUCAUCAUGACCCUGACGUGACCUAUAUCACCUGCCUGUUUCCUGUCGAGCCACUCAAAAAAAGUCUUGUAAAUAGGUACUUAUUAAUCAAAGCAAAAAGUUCUGCGCUCGCUCAAAUUAUUGAGGGUUCUGUUUUUCUCUUUGAAUGAUUUUUAUGAGACCGCGUGGCUGGAAAAUGGACAUAAUGCAGGAUGUCCAUCAUGUCUGUUUACUCUGUUGCCUACAUUUGCACUAGACCUGCGAUGGUGCCACAAGGUAUCUAUAUGUUUUUAUUCUAUCUUUCAUCUGUUUUUCUAACCACUUCUAUUGCCAACCGUGAAACAGCAGGAUUUACUCCAAUUUAGGUGAUUUAUUAUAAACAUACAUCCAUUUGGAGGUGUGCUAAAUGUACUGUAUUAUUUCUUAACCACAGUAUAUUGGCCUUAAAAUGUGAUACUUUUUUUUUUACACUGUACUAUGCUGUGUAGUACUGUAGUGCAUUUUAAUCUCAAUAAGGAGAGACUGAGGGCAACAACCUACACUCCAAUGACAAAUGGUUGAACUGACUAGAAUCUCUUAGAAAUCACCUAUGGUGGUGAAUUGCAUUAUGAACUCAAGUGUAUCUCAGUAAUUUCGAAAAUUGUGUACAUUUUAAUCAAUUUCAAGAUUUUAAGUCAGACAAAUAAAAAUUCUGGGCAUUUUUGCGCUUUGAAGUAAUGAACUUUUUUAUUAGCUGUAAGCACGAUCAUCAAAACAAUUAAGAAGUACAUCUUUAAAUAAAAUAACGAGUUAACUUCUGUGAUUAAUCACAGCAUUGCAUUAAUCAUUUAUACACAGAAAUUAACCACGCAAUGUAUUAUGACCACAAAUGCUCCUUUAACUUACCGUAUUUUUCGGAGUAUAAGUCGCACCGGAGUAUAAGUCGCACCUGCCGAAAAUGCAUAAUAAAGAAGGAAAAAAACAUAUAUAAGUCGCACUGGAGUAUAAGUCGCAUUUUUGGGGGAAAUUUAUCAGAAUCAGAAUCAGAAUGGAUAAAACCCAACACCAAGAGUAGACAUUUGAAAGGCAAUUUAAAAUAAAUAAAGAUUAGUGAACAACAGGCUGAAUAAGUGUACCUUAUAUGACGCAUAAAUAACCAACUGAGAACGUGCCUGGUAUGUUAACGUAACAUAUUAUGGUAAGAGUCAUUCAAAUAACUAUAACAUAUAGAACAUGCUAUACGUUUACCAAACAAUUUGUCACUCCUAAUCGCUAAAUCCCAUGAAAUCUUAUACGUCUAGUCUCUUACGUGAAUGAGCUAAACAAUAUUAUUUGAUAUUUUACGGUAAUGUGUUAAUAAUUUCACACAUAAGUCGCUCCUGAGUAUAAGUCGCAUAUUGAUAUUUAAAAAAUAUGUUUUAAAUCAAAUUAAUCACACUUUUAAAUUUUGAUUAAUCCCACCAAAUUACAGUCAUGUAUAAUUUAAAUCAACUUUAAAAAGGACCCCAAUGUUUUGACACCGACCCAAUUUCUUUCUCAGGAUGUCAUUUGCGAACAUUUUUAAAAUGUUUUACCCAAAUGCAGUUUUAUCUAAAGUUCCACGGAGUCACCUCACUCAUCUUUGCACUGACUGAAGUAUGCUUCGACUUGAUCACUGACUUUGUAGCAGGGGGGUCAAAGGUACGGCCCGGGGGCCGGAUCAGGCCCGCGAAAAGGUUUUAUUCGGCCCGCGGGAUGAGUUUGCUAAUGAAUGAAUGAAAGCAACUGCUGUUCUAAAUGUGUCCACUGGAUGUCACAAUAGCAAUUUGUUGUAUCUUUGUAGAUGAUGUAACAUAUGUACAAAAUAAACAACAUGAUCAAACUACAUAAAUAA